UUUAUUAAUUAACCAAUGAAAGUAACAUAGACAGAUAACUCUCCUCCAUCACUCCUGCCCAGAUUUCCUGCGCCUCAUUAUUGUAACAAAAGCAGGGAGACCCAACUCUAUGGCCCCAGUGGCUUUCAGUUUCUAUACCUAGGAACUGUUACAUGAGAAGUUUACUUUCAUUUUCAUGUUUUUGGACGUUCCUACUCUGCACUGUUGGUACGGCUCCCUCCUGCUGUUGCCUGGACUCCUGUGAGGGCAGGGCAGCAGCUAGGGAUAAACUUCAGAGCUCUUCAAACACAGCCUGGCCUCUUCUGCAGGAGUCACACAGGCGCAGCUCACUGGGAUUCCCGAGCCAAGUCUGAUCUGUACAGUGUCUUUGCUGCCAUGGGUCAGACUUCUUCCACCCCUGAUACAAAUGCCCACAAUAUGGCCUCCAGCUUUAAUGCAUUUUUCCAAACUUUCAAGAUGGAAAGCAAAGUCAUUUCUGAGGAGACCAUCAGUUCAAUCCAGAGAUUUGUGGAGCAAGGGGACAUACAGAAGACAAUUUCUACAAUCAAUGCUGCUUUGGCAGAGGUCGAGAAGGCCCCUCUGAGCAUUGCAGUGACAGGGGAGACGGGGGCAGGAAAGUCUACUUUCAUCAAUGCCCUGCGGGGCAUAGGAAAUGAAGAGACUGACUCAGCUAAGAGCGGAGUGGUAGAGACCACAAUGGUUAGAGAGAAGUAUACCCACUCGAAGUUCCCUAACGUGACCAUCUGGGAUCUCCCUGGGGUUGGCUCAACUACCCUUAAACCAGAAGAAUAUCUGAAAAAAAUGAAGUUCCAGGAGUAUGACUUUUUUUUCAUCAUCUCAGCCACUCGCUUUAAAGAGAACGAUGCCCAGUUGGCCAAGGCCAUUGAAAAAAUGAAAAAGAAGUUCUAUUUCGUUCGGACAAAAAUUGAUAGUGAUUUGUGGAAUCAGGAAAAAUGUACACCCAACAACUACAGUAAAGAAAAAACCCUGGAGUCUAUCCGAAAAAACUGUGUGGAGAGUCUCCAGAAGGCCGGCACGGCCUUCACGCGUGUCUUUUUGGUCUCUAGCAUUGAGGUAGCGCGUUUUGAUUUUCCUCACCUGGAGUCCACCCUUUUGAAGGAGCUGCCGGCGCACAAGCGCCACAUCUUCAUGCAGUGCCUCCCUAACGUAACCGAGGCAGCUAUUGACCGCAAGAAAGAUGUCCUGAAACAGAAGAUCUGGCUGGAGGCUCUGAAGUCUGGAGCAUUGGCCACCAUCCCUAUGAUGGUUUUCUUCAAGGAUGACAUUGAGGAGCUGGAGAAGACCCUGACCCACUACAGGUCUUGCUUUGGGCUGGAUGACGAGUCACUGGAAAGCAUGGCCAGGGAUUUGUCCCUGCCUGUGGAGGAGCUUGAGUCCACCAUUAGGUCACCUCAUUUGCUGUCAUGUGAGAAGGAUGAGUCUGUGGGGGACAAGCUGGUGAGAUACCUGGAGAAAGCGUUUGCCAUCACCGGCGGACUCAUAGCCACCGGCCUUUACUUCAGAAAGAGCUACUACCUGCAAAAUUAUUUUCUUGACAUAGUGACUGAUGAUGCUAAAAUUCUACUGAAGAAGAAAGUUUUCUUAGAGGAAUGGGAGGACUCUGAGCAAGGCUGUAAAGAAGGGGAAACGGGAAAGACGGCUUAGGGUAUUCCUGAAGCACCCUGGCCAGGCUGUGAGAACUUCUAGACUUUGUGACCCUUGUUGGGAGAGCAGAGGACGCUGGAAUGUUAUGCCGUGCGGCAGUCCUGUCACGGCCAGCAUGGGUCUUACCAAUGAUAUGCUGGCACAAACUUUCUGGGCACAAAGUUUUCAGAAAUGAGUUUUUUAAAACGGUCUCACUAUGUAGCCAUGACUAUCCUGGAACUCUCUGUAGACCAUUCUGGCCUUGAACUCACACAG